AUGAGGGUCACCUCUGGCACCGGCCUCGUGCUCUGUGGCCUGCUGCUGCUGCUGCUCCAGGCCCCACACACCCGUGGCCUCACUCCCCAAUCCAGAGGGCACCUCUGCCGGACCCGGCCCACGGACCUGGUGUUUGUGGUGGACAGUUCGCGCAGCGUGCGGCCUGUGGAGUUCGAGAAGGUGAAGGUGUUCCUGUCCCAGGUCAUCGAGUCGCUGGAUGUGGGGCCCAAUGCCACACGGGUGGGCGUGGUCAACUACGCCAGCACGGUGAAGCAGGAGUUCCCGCUGCGGGCCCACGGCUCCAAGGCCGCGCUGCUGCAGGCCGUGCGCCGCAUCCAGCCGCUGUCCACCGGCACCAUGACGGGCCUGGCCAUCCAGUUCGCCAUCACCAGGGCCUUCAGCGAUGCCGAGGGCGGUCGUGCCAGGUCCCCUGACAUCAGUAAGGUGGUCAUAGUGGUGACCGAUGGGAGGCCCCAGGACAGCGUACGGGACGUGUCUGCCCGGGCCCAGGCCAGUGGCGUGGAGCUGUUCGCCAUCGGUGUGGGCCGUGUGGACAAGGCCACCCUGAGGCAGAUCGCCAGCGAGCCGCAGGACGAGCACGUGGACUACGUGGAGAGCUACAGUGUCAUUGAGAAGCUGUCCAAGAAGUUCCAAGAGGCCUUCUGCGUGGUGUCAGACCUGUGUGCCACGGGGGACCACGACUGCGAGCAGGUGUGCAUCAGUUCUCCUGGCUCCUACACUUGCGCCUGCCGAGAAGGUUUCACCUUGAACAGUGAUGACAAGACCUGCAAUGUCUGCAGCGGCGGUGGUGGCAGUUCGGCCACUGACCUGGUCUUCCUCAUCGAUGGAUCCAAGAGUGUGAGACCCGAGAACUUUGAGUUGGUGAAGAAGUUCAUCAACCAGAUUGUGGACACACUGGAUGUGUCAGACAAGCUGGCCCAGGUGGGGCUGGUGCAGUACUCCAGCUCAGUGCGCCAGGAGUUCCCACUGGGCCGCUUCCACACCAAGAAGGACAUCAAGGCCGCUGUGCGGAGCAUGUCCUACAUGGAGAAGGGCACCAUGACUGGGGCUGCCCUCAAGUACCUCAUUGACAAUUCCUUCACUGUGUCCAGCGGGGCAAGACCUGGUGCCCAGAAGGUGGGCAUUGUCUUCACUGAUGGCCGGAGCCAGGACUACAUUAAUGAUGCUGCCAAGAAGGCCAAGGACCUUGGCUUUAAGAUGUUUGCUGUGGGUGUGGGCAAUGCUGUGGAGGAUGAGCUGAGGGAAAUUGCCUCAGAGCCUGUGGCAGAGCACUACUUCUACACAGCUGACUUCAGGACCAUCAACCAGAUUGGCAAGAAGUUGCAGAAGAAGAUCUGUGUGGAGGAAGACCCGUGUGCCUGUGAGUCCAUCGUGAAAUUCCAGGCCAAAGUGGAGGGGCUGCUGCACGCCCUGACCAGGAAGCUGGAAGCUGUGAGCAAGCGGCUGGCCGUCCUGGAGAACACGAUCGUCUGA